CAUCUGCACCGCAACCCUAUUCGUCUGAUACUUCUUGGUGCUCGGCAACAGAACCGUACAUACCACAGCCAUACUCCCAAAUGCAAUGCUCGUGAACCAGACGUAUUUCAAACUUUCGCUAUAUGCCCACUGUACGCCUUUUGUCGCGCUCGCGACAACCGCAGGCGUAACGCCAGAAACCUCUCCCACCGUUUCCGGAGCAGUCAAAAACGUCUCGACGAACGCUUCGACCGACGAUGCAGGGAGUCCAGCUUGGAGAGCAAACGCAGCGGUAUACUUGGACCCACCAACGGUGCGGAUGGAAAGCGACAUAGCUGCUGCAGUCGUGAUAAGUGCAUCCGGACAAACAAUCAUGGCAACGGUAGCAGCGGGGACAAGGACGCCACCCACACCAAACGAUGCUAGUGACCCCAAAGCCACUGUCAACCUCUCAUUAUCGGGAUUGCAGACUGCUAAACUCCCCGCAAAAGUUGUCAUGAACAGUACAGCGACUAGCAAGAUCUCCCUACUUCGUCCUGGGAAGAUGGAUAAAGCGGCAUUGAAAACAACAGCGCCUACUGCAGUUGUGAAGGCUGGACCUAUACCCCGUACACCGAUCUUGACGGGGAUGGGCUCGUAGACAGAUUUGAAAACUAUGGGGAAGAAGUUGAGGAUCGAGAAGAAAUUCAUGCCCGCAGUGAAGGCGAUGAAGUAGGCAAGACCCACGAUGCGUUGGUCUUUGAAGAGGGCGCCUGGUACCAUGGGGUGGGCAGCGUACUUCCACUCGUAGACGACCCAAGCGGCGAUGAGGAGGAUUCCUAGGAGGAGUGUGCAGAGCACGUAUGCACUACUCCAGGGAUGUGUGUACCCUCCUGACUGAAGCGCUACGAGACUGAUUCGACAAGAAUCAGGAAUCGGAUAUGUCUGAAAGGC